AUGUAUCUCCGCAGAGUGGUCUCCAAGACCCUGGCGCUGCCCCUGAGGGCGCCCGCCAGCCCCGCGCCGCUCGGAAAGGACGCAUCUGUUCGCCGGAUGUCAUCUAUCAAACUCCCGGGAACAUCUGGAUCAAAUAUGAUUUAUUACCUGGUGGUUGGUGUCACAGUCAGUGCUGGUGGAUAUUAUACAUACAAGACAGUCACAUCAGAGCAAGUUAAACCCACGGAACAUAUGACAAACUUGAAGGAAAACACGAAAGCAGAGUUACACCCUAUUCAAGGUGAAAAAGAGAACAUUGUGGAAGCUGAGGAGGCAAGUCCAGAAGCCCCCGAUGUGCCUGUGGUGGAAACUGAGGCAGCAGGUGCUGAAGAAAUUCCAGGUGCUACGGCUGCUGUCCCAAAAGAGGCUGUAGCAAGCCUGGAUGACGUGCAGCCUGCUGUGGUGGAAACGGCCGUAGCUGGUGCUGAAGCUGGACCAGAGGUUCCGGAUGACACCGUGGAAGUCAGCUCUGAAAGCAUCCCAGAGGUUAUGAAUGCAGCCUUGGGCGAAGCUGUUGUCCCUGAUAGUGAUACAGGCACAGCAGAGAACACGGUGUCUGAUGAAUAUGCCAGACCAGAAGAGGAAAGCCCUGCAGCUGAGCCAGAACUCUCGGCUGGGACCGAUGUACAGGAGGAAGCCAGUGUGGUUUCAGAAGCCACCUCCCUGCAAGGAUAGUCUCAUCCCAGUAGACAUUUCACAAAAGUGCCCCUAGAGUGUCUGACAGCAAUUCUUGUAGUUUUAGUUGGCUGAGUUUUUCCAAAACACUUCAAGAAAACGCGAAUGUGCCUUAAAGAUUGUUGGAACGUAUUGACAGAGUUUAGGAUUGAGAGA